GUUAAAGAGCGAGAAGUAGAAACCAAAGCCAAGCAAAAAAUUAUAAAUAAUUUAGAAGAAAAGAGAACGAGAAGAAGUAUCCAAGGAAAAGCAAACAAUCAUUAUCGAAUUAGAAAAGAGAAUCAGAAAUCUUGA